GUUUCCGUUGUUCAACAAGUCACAUGACCGUCGCCAUUACUAAAGGGAAAUGAUGUUUACAAGUUUUUCAUCUAUUUGCUUACUCUAGUGAAAAAGAAAAACAGAAAAACGUUUUUUCUUCAUAGGACAUGAUGAAAUUAGUUCGUGGAUUGCCUCCCGGUGACAUCUCUUGGUUGUAUGUGUUCAUCUUUUUCAACUCAUUAGCAUUCCUCAAUAUUGGAUUUGCCAGUGCAAAGAUAACUGUGGUUGAUCGGCACAAUGGUACUUCCCCAGCUGAAUUUCGUGACGAGGAUGCAGAGUUUGGUCCAACACUGUCCGAAAAAGGAAUUACGGGUCGUGUUGUGUACGUCAACCCACACAGUGCCUGCCAUCAAGUCGACCCACCUCCAGAUGGGGAUGAAAAUAUUCCUUGGAUUGCACUCAUAGCAAGAGGAGAUGACUGUGAUUUUUCAACAAAGGUUUAUAAUGUACAGAUACAAGGGUACGCUGUGGCUAUUGUAAGAAAUUACCCCGACCACGAUGAACUCGUGCCCAUGGGAUCAGGCUCCAAGGGUGACGAGGUGACCAUACCAUCAGUGUUUGUCGGCUAUUCUGACGGAAUGCAGUUGGCCACGGAAUACAACUACACAAAUGAGAAGGUACUGGUGAAUGUCGAUGGCAACACGGACACUCCUAACUACGCCCCCUACUUGUAUCCGUUCAUCAUCGUUGUUGGAACAUGCUUCUGUCUCAUGGUCAUCUUCAUGAUCGCCAGGUGGUGCAGGGACGUGCGAUCGCGCCGCUUGUCGAGGUUAUCCAAGAAACAUCUGAAGAAAAUUCCAGUCAAGAAAUUCAAGAAAGGAGAUUACUACGACGUGUGUGCAAUCUGUCUGGACGAGUACGAGGAAGGCGAUAAAAUGAGAGUUCUGCCGUGCGACCAUGCGUACCACGUGAAGUGUAUUGACCCAUGGUUGACGAAGAACAAGAAGACGUGUCCUGUGUGCAAGCGUCGAGUGAUUCCAGGCAAGGACCAUAGCUCCGACAGCGACGACUCGGAUGAGGACGGUGGAAGCUACCCCACGGAAGUGACACCCCUCCUGGGGGGAGGAGGACAGCCCUCCUCCAGCCGGGCAUCAACGUUCAAUACAGACUCAUCAGCCUUCGCUUCAUCGGGGUUGCCAGUGGCGGGUGUGGGUGAGGUGGCAGUGGUACAGCCAGGGAGGGCCCAGUCCCCCGAUGCCAGCUCGGUGGAUUCUGCCGAAGGGGCUGUAGGUGGCGCUGUCAGCCAGCAGACUGAAAUUGUCAUUGAGGAAGCGGUGAUAACAGAUGAAGGCGGAGAUUCCAAAGUAAACCUCGGCUUCUCGGACGACGGCGCAGUCGGCACCAGUCAGACGAAAGAGAUGAAUCAGGUCGUUUGAUUCCGAUCGAAUCGACUUGUUGUUUUAGGAUUGACUCUAAUUGGUUCCGAUUGAAUCAGUUUUGAUUCGUGUUGAAUCAAAAUAUUUGGAUUUGGAUUUUAGUGACGUGUUUGAUUUGGGUUGUAUCAAGUUGUCAGUAUGGAUUAUCGACUUGUUCAGUUCCACUUGAAUCAGGUUGCAUGGAUUGAAUCUAGUUAUGCCUAUGUUUCUAGACUCCGAUAGUCGGCAUCGUUUCCCGCCAUUCACAAAAGGCUAUGGGUUUUUUUUAUUCCCAAUUUUGGACUAAAAAAUUCUCAAUCCGAAUGUAAAUAAUUCCUUUUUUAUUACUAUGUGAAGAUAUAUUUUUUAAAACGAUACAGAACACUUGACUAAUGUUCCUUCCCUCACCCAUAACAUUUCAUAACGCAAAAUCGAUAUAUUACUUUGAAUAUAUUACAAGUAUAUAUAUAGUAUUACUCUUGAAAAUUGCUAUUUUUUUGUAAAAUGAUGCUAAAUUAUUCCCAAAGUUAAAGCCAUGGGUGUCGAGUCAACCCUGAAUGUGGUUUGAUUAUAAUUGAAUCGAGUGGUUUGAUUCUUAUUGAAUCAAGUGGUUUGAUUCUUAUUGAAUCCAGUGGUUAGAUUGAAUCAAGUGGUUUGAUUCCAAAUGAAUGAAAUUAUACAAGAAAGUGCCAUGUUCUUUUGUCUGUUGUUUUCUGUGCCUUCAGAACUGAUUUCUAGUUAAAUAUUUUAAAAAAAAAAUUGUAAUAAGUAUCAGUCCUCAAAUAACUCGGUUCCUUUUGUUUUCUCACCAUGUUUUGGCCAGUCUUGAUGGAGCAUCAUGUAUGAUGCAUGAAUCGGACAAGUUUUAGUUAUUAUCCACCAUCUAUUUUCAAGAUUACGUAGUGUUAUUCUAAAAAAGCUGUUUUGUGUGUGUGGAUGUGGGUGUGCAUAAUUUUAUGAAAAUGACAAUUAUGAUUUUAUGAAAAUAAAGUUCUGUGAACAUUUAAGAGUGAGUGAAUGUGUGAGAGGGAGGAGAGAUAGAGAGAGAGGGAUGGAGGGAGAAAGCGAGCAAAAGAGAGAAAAUUGUCAUGUAAAUUACACUGUUUUGUGUGAGAAAGAAAUGGUAUUUGUAUUCCACAUUAAUGCCGUUAUGCUGUGAAACCUGUAUUGUAUGCAUUUGUUACAUGCUGUUAAACCGAGAGGCUGUGAUUGGAAAUGUAUUGGGACUUUUUGUACAAAAAAAAUAUUAAUAGAUUGAGAAAUGUUUCUUAGUUGUAUCAAGAAAUAGAUUCAGUAUGCAAAAUACAAUUAAAUUUAAAAAAAAAAAAAAUGUUUGUGUUAUAGCUGCAAUUGUCAUGAAUUGUGCUAAGAAAUGGCAGCCCUAUACCAACCUACAUUUGUAUUUCUUUUUUAAUCACGUAAUUAAUAAUAAUUAAUAUAUGUAAUUAAUUGAUGUCAUUCUUAUUUAUUAGUAUUAAUGUGAAUUAUGAAGCAGACUAGUCGUUUAGAAACACCUAAAAUGUUAUGUCGGUGUUAAUCAUCUUUGUUGUUAGCAAAGUCAUGUAUGAAAAUUAAACUUAGGAAGUUUGUGUACGGUUUCGCAUUCAUGAGUGAAAAUGUUCCCUGUCACCCACAAAUACUGAGUGCAAACCAUUUUCAGAUGUCCCAACAAUUUGAACACAUUUGUCUAUUGGUAGUAGAUCUUGCAUACACUGUCAUGAUAGGAUAUUCCUCAAAAAAGGAAUAUAUUUGAAACAAAUUUCAGAUAAGUUGCACAACAGGUGUUUGCUGUGAUUUUUUAAAAACCAAUUUUUGGGGGGAUGGGUUGGGAGGUUGUAGAAGGGGGUGAGUGGUUCAGUACCCCUCAACAUUUUUAACUUACGGUUGCCACUUGUCUUGAUAAGAGAGAGAGAGGGUAUGCAGUCUUAAGUCUUAAUGAAUAAAGGCAGCAUAACUGCUACAUCUUAAUUCAUCAGGAAAAAUGCUUUUCAUUGUUGUCCUUCACACGAAACAAAAACAUUUCAACAUACGGUAGUUUCAUUUUGAUACCUUAUUACAAUUUGAUACAUCUAGCAGGCAUGUGAUUCUUCCGCUUUUUAGCGGAAUUCCACUUUAAAAAAAAAAAAAAAUUAUCGUAAAAUAAAUCCGUGAAAAGGUU